ACCAGCGGCUCCAGGACAUGUUUGUGUUUGUGUUUGUGUCUCUGAGUGAAAGUGCUCUGCUAUGACAACUGCGCAUCCACUUCUGGGUGUGACAAACAUCUUGUGCGUGUGUGUCACAUUUGGGCAUUUUUCCAGGCGGAGUGAAGGCACGGAUGACUUGACUUUAUUGUGUCACCAUCACUCCUCCUGCUGAUGUGUUUUGGACGUUUUCUUAGUGUUUUUUUCCCCCUGUCCAGCCCCAGAUGUUCUGGACACACACACAUGCAUACACACACACACACGCACACGGGGCUGCUGCUGCGGAUGUCCAGUGAUUUGUUUGCUGAUGUAGUGCUGCUGGUCAGCGGCUGAAGUUGAAGUCUUGAAGGCGUGAGCUCCAAAUGCAUUCGCUCCUGGGCCGGGAGAAGAAAGAAGAAGAAGUCGGGUUUGGGAUCGAUCUGGGUCUGUCUCCGGGCUUUCUGCCCCAAGCUGCCACCAUGUUCAGCUGUGUGGGCUGCUUCUGGGUGCUCCUCUCCUCCGCUCUGGUCGCCGUCUGCAGUUUCAGCUUCAUAUCUCCUGCCUGGAUUGUUAAGGACCAGCUGAGGAACAGCCACCAGCACCCGCACCACCACGCCAACACCAAGGACUCCGUGAGCUUCGGCUUGCUGUGGCACUGCUCGGAGUCUCUGGAUCACAUGUACCGAUGCUACACCUUCGGGGGACUGGGCAAAUUCGCAGAGAUCCCCUCCAGCUCCUGGCAGACCAGUGCGGUGCUCUGUUCAGGAGGCUGUGCUCUGCUGGCUGUCAGCUCCCUGUUAGCCAUCAUCACCAUCUUCCUGCCCAGUGGAGGAUGUGAGAGGAGGAUCUGCACCCUGGCUGGAUACAUGCAGAUGGCUUCAGUGUUCAUCAUGGCUGCUGGACUGCUGGUCUACCCCUUCGGCCUAAACUCCUCACUGGUCAGGUCCUUCUGCGGGGACUCUGACAUCUACUACGCUGGCGAGUGCCAGAUCGGCUGGGGCUACAUGCUGGCUAUUGUGGGAGUCAUGCUCACCGUCUUCUUGCCCUUUUUUGCUAAAUAUGCACCGAAGGAGCAGCUGUCCCCCACCCCUUUGCCCACGCUGUUAUAGUGCAUUGAUACGAUGUCUUGUUUUUUUCCCUCCUGACCACUCUCUCUGACCUGGGCUUGAUGUCAUGGAGAGACACAUGCAUCCCGUUUUUUUAAAGGCGAUGCUGUUUGGGAAGCCCCACUCAGUGAUAAGUGAAGCUGACGCUCAACAACAAACACUGUCUUCCUGCAUCUGUUAUGUAAUUAAUUCAAAUUCAGUUCAUUUAAAUGGAAUGUUUUAUGUUACAAUGAUACUCUGUGGUUAUCAUUUUUACCCUCAAAUCUAACAGUUUUGUCAGUUCUGGAGAUGAUGCAGUCAGAAAAUGCAAGGACUGAUCAUUUCACAUGAUUUUAAAAAAAAUAACACGAACAUAACAAGUGAGUAAGAAAAUGUUUUUUUCCUUCCUUUCUUUUACAAGUCAACAUAUGUAACAUUCCAAAAGAGACUGGAAGUUGGCUGCAUAAAGAGAGUGGAAGCAUGAGAUUAUGUGGCAGUAUGACUAGUCCAAUCAAAUAAUGUUUCAAUAAGAGGUUUUCAAGAACAUGCGACUCAACAGGAGAGCCCCUUCGAACAGUUGGAGAUUGAUGAUAUUAAUGGAUCCACAUGUCCCAGCUCUUAAGGAGUUGCAUCCAGUGGCGAUGUUUUGUGCUGCAGCAUUUGGACUGUACAUAUGGUCUGUAUUAUACAGGGCUGAUGUUUGAGGUUUCAAAUUAAAAACAUUAAAAAGGGAACUCUGACACUUUUGCUCUUCAGACUUUUUCUGCCUUCCAGUCUUGUGACCAGGCAGUCAACUAGUGGGAGUCGAGAAGACGAUUUAGCUUUCAAAGACAUUCAGUAACUGUCACAAAGAAAAGAACACAGCAUCAGACCUGCCGAGAGGACACAUGGAAAUGUCUUCUCAUAACAAGGAGGUGAAUCAUUAAAAAUAAGUAGUGGUUUCAGAGCAGUGUUGUCAAAACCUUUAUGUUGUGAUACUGAUACUGCAUCCUUUGUUAGCCUUUUUCCCCAGAAUUGUUCGUGUAAUGUAACUCGCUUGUUGAAAAUAAGCAAUUGUUUUCUGUCUACAACACACAAUACUAAACACUCUAAUUCAGGAAAAAAUGAUUGCAAAAGGCAGGGAGAUGUAGGAAUUUUGUCAAAAAUGCAUGAUAAGAUGGGCUUUGUUAAUGGUAGAACAAUUGAUCUAGAUUUUAAAUGUGAUCUGACCAACUUGUGCCUUUUAACAUAACCAAGACGAAGUGUUUAAUACAAUUAUCAGGUUAUCAUAUUUUUCUGCUGAAAAACUGUGGAUCCUGUUGUGUGAUGUGUUUUUUUCUCUCUUAUAUUGUUUUCCUCUCAGAGGUAAAGAGUUUUCUCCUGUACUUGAUGCAGUAUGAUCUCAUUAACUUGAGAAAAUGUUCUGGAGGAUAAAAAAGAUGAUGUCUUCUAAUCUGUAGAGGUAAUGACAGAGAGAAGGAAAAAAAAAAGAAAAGCAGUGUACUUGUGUUAAAGUAUGCCCUGAGACAUUUUUGCCAAUUACCUAGAAGAAGUAACUUGAAUUGCGAUAAUAAAAGGUUGUGACAUGCAGCUAACAGAUUAAUUCCUGGCAUCAUUGUCUAAUGUGAUUUAGAAAGUGAGUGGUAGAGGAAGCUGUACAAAUUGAACUUUGCCUUUGGUUAUCUGUGCUGAGCUGACACAUUAUUCUCAUUAUGUGUAAAAUGUGGCUUAAAAUAAUUAGCUCCUCAAAUAAGCUAAUGUGUUGCUGUGUUUUCGUCAACCCACUUCUCCUUUUAAGCGCUGGCACCAUUCCCAUCAUGUUCCAAGGACAAAAUGUCUACUUCUCCACUUACUGUCCCUGUACACUGCCAAUUUCAGCAAGCUAGACUCCCUUUUCUAGUGGGUGUUUAUGUGCGUAUUAGUGUUAAAUAAUGGGUUGGAUUUUGAUAAUGGGUUAAUCUUUAAAUAUUCCCCAAAUUUUGGUUCCCAUAAUGACAUGUCCUGACAUUAAAACAAUUACUGUGAUUAUGUUGCCAUAUUUGAAAGAAGGUCAGGAGAGAAAUGUUGGUAUUGUAUUGGACCUCAUACUGUGCUUGACUGUGGGAAUGACUAGCGUGACUGCACUGGACUUAUUCCCCUAUUUGUUGAACCAUUGUGUGUAAAGUCUCAGCACUGGUGAAACUGUUUUGGUAGAGUAGAGUUAUUGUUUUUUUUUUCAUUGUGAUGUUUGACUGUAAAUAAACUAAUUGUACUUGAUAUCACGUUAUUCUUAACUGCCCCGUUUUUUUAAAGAUAUAUUUUGAGAUAUUACCUCAUCGUGUUUGCUUUCCCCUGAAUUAACCUCUAAACAAUG